GUGUGUAUCUUAACUAUAUAACUGUGCAGAAACCUUCUGAGCAUGGUGGACUUCCACUGCAGUGCACAGCACCAAUGUGUAGUGUCCCAAAUAGAUUACACAACUUCUAAUAACAGACAAACACUAUUUCCUCUUGCUGGUGAUGGCACAUAACAGUAGGUGUAGGAGAGGGGCGCCCACCUCUGGUUCUGGAAUCACCACGCUGCUGACCAUUGACCAAUCCAGGAUGACCAUUGAUCCAUUGCACUACGUUCCUGCGGAGGACAUGGAUCUGACUGUGCUGCCUCCGGACCUGGUGGAUGCCGGCACUCAGAGGUGUCGUCUGGGUCCUGCGGUGAUGGAGGAGCUCAGGCUGAAGAUUGGCUCUCCGCUCCUCGUUCUGCUGCCACAGGGGGCGUGCCUGUGCACCGCCUGGCCUCGGAGCGACCUGGCUGACGGCUACCUGCAGUUCCAAACCACCUGCACUACACCAAAACUCAGUGUUCAGAUGUUUCCUCAGCCCAGUGGAGGUAAGGACACCCAUGAUGAAUUGAAUGUAAAUACCGCCAAGCUCCACCUCCAGCGCUCUCAGCUAAAGCCACUAACCUGUCCACAUCUCAAGCGCCUGCGCGUGAAGGUUCUGGUGCAAAGUUCUCAACAGAAGAUGACAACGUCCACCCGGUUCAUACAGGAGCUGGCAAAGGAGCUGCUGACAGGCCUGUACGUGCAUGAGAAGCACCUGGUGAAUGUAGCAGGAGCUGGGACUCUGGUUCAGUUUUUGGAGGUGGAGAACGUGAACUCGGGAUCACACAAGGCCGGUUUGGUCACGGCUGAGACGCGACUGGACUUGGGCUCGGUACAGACGGUCCAGAGGUACCAACAGCCUGCUAGAAGGUCUCCAGCUGUGCCCUUGGGAGGAGUUGAGGAGGUGUUUGCCUCACUCAAGGAGAUGCUAGAGGUUCCUCUGCGCUAUCCAGGCAGUCUGAAGUGGCUGGGUCUGCCCUGCCCACGAGGGGCGCUGUUGGUGGGGCCACCAGGGGUAGGGAAAACCCAGCUUGUCCGAAAUGUGGUGCAGGCAGUUGGGGCAGCAUUCGUGACCAUAAACGGCCCGGUGGUCAUGGGCUCUCGACCAGGAGAGAGCGAGGAGAACCUCCGCAGGGCGUUCGCCCAGGCGCGAGAAGCAGCGCUGGAGGGUCCGUGUGUUUUGUUUAUUGAUGAGAUUGACGCCCUCUGUCCCAGGCGGAGCGCAUCCGGCAGCGCUCCGGAAAACCGCAUCGUCGCCCAGCUCCUCACGCUCAUGGAUGGAAUCGGCAGCGAUGAAAGUUUCAUCAUCAUCGCCGCGACGAAUCAGCCGGACGCGCUGGACCCGGCGCUCAGGAGACCCGGGCGCUUCGAUAGAGAGGUGGUGGUGGGCGUUCCCACACUGCAGCAGAGGUUCCGGAUCCUGCAGUCUGUGAGCCACAGCGUGCCGCUGUCCUCCUCUGUGAAUCUGCGGGUCCUCGCUGAGAUGACCACUGGGUACGUUGGAGCCGAUCUGAGCGCGCUCUGUAGGGAGGCAGCGCUGCAGGCCAUACUGCACACUGCACAGGGCAGAACCGAGGAGAUGGACGGCGAGGGCGGCUCGGUGGGGAUGGAACAUUUUCUCAGCGCGCUGCGAUUAGUCCCGCCCUCCUGCCUGCGCAGCAGUGUGGGUGUGUCCGACUUUCUGCCUGUGAGCUGGGAGCGAAUCGGAGGGCUUGAAGACGUCAAACUGAAACUGAAACAGUCUAUCGAGUGGCCGAUGAAGUUCCCCGAGGCGUUGGUGCGGAUGGGUGUACGGGGGCCACGGGGUGUGUUGUUAUACGGCCCCCCUGGCUGUGCCAAGACCACCCUGGUUAAAGCAGCUGCUUCAGCAUCACACUGCAGCUUCCUCACGCUCAGCGGAGCCCAGCUUUACUCUCCGUACGUAGGAGAUUCAGAGAGAACUCUAGCACAGCUCUUCCGUCAGGCUCGUGCUUGCUCUCCCUCUAUCGUGUUCCUGGAUGAGAUUGAUAGCAUGGUCGGUAGUCGUGGUGACGGUGGUUGCCGCAGCGGAGUGCAGGCACAGGUUCUGUCAGUGCUGCUGAACGAGCUGGACGGGGUGGGCUUCAAAACCACUGAGAGACGCGGUUCUUCAAAGACCAUGCAGACUGAAGGAGAGGAACAGGAGACAAUCCAGGAGAAAAGGAUGGAGCUGCAGGAAGUGUGUAAUAAAGAUGUGAUGAUUGUAGCUGCCACUAACAGACCGGACGCACUGGACAGUGCUCUGCUCCGUCCAGGCCGACUGGACCACAUCAUAUACGUACCCCCACCUGAGCAACAGGCUCGGCUGGCCAUCCUGCAGUUGCACACAGAGAAAAUGCCUUUGGACUCUGAUGUCAAUCUGAAGGAUCUGGCAACCCAAACACACCUGUUCUCCGGAGCUGACCUGGAAAGCCUCUGCAAAGAGGCGGCCCUGUUGGCUCUUCAGGAGGAGGGCAUGAGUGUAUCCACAGUUCAGCACCAGCACUUCCUGAAAGCCCUACAGCGUGUUAGCCCCUCUCUCACUGCCCACCAGCUCCUACAGUACCAGCUGCUCUUCAGCUCAACCCUCAGCUGCAGUUAGGGCCGUGCACCUGGCUGCGUGCGACAGCAGCGCUGCAUUUUAAAUGAACAUCGUCGUUUUGUAAUGUGCCGAUACGUGAAGCCCUGUAUAACGUCUGUGCCCGGCACACAUUAAGCUCCUGAUUAAAAAACGUUUUUGCAGG